AUGAGUGCCAUUCAUGAAUCAGAACAUGAAAUGCGUGAGCAACACAUGGAACCUACUCAUUCGAUAGUUGAAACCACUUCCACCUCCGAUUCAAACAUUGUAGGUAAUUAUAACAUAAACAACUCAAUGGAUUUGGAAAAAAACAAAGAAAAACACGCCAUUAUAAAUGGUGGUGGAGCUGCUAAUGGUGAUGAUGACGACGGAAUAAGUAUCCGCGAACUCUCAAAGGAGACCACUAAUCCCCAAUCACACUUGUCUUACUGGAAAAGGUUCACAAUUAGAUGCCCUUGGUACAAGAUUGCAUUUCAAGUGUUUCUUGGCUGUUUCUUUACUGCGUGGUGGUUAUCGAUUGUGAUCCAGGACAAACAUAGACACCAAUGGUUGAUUCCAACUGUUAUUUGGGGUAUGAUUAUGGUUCGCUUAAUUACAUGGCAUUUCAAAAUCUUACAGUGGAUCCUCAAGUACGUCAAACUCGUAUGGGAUUACUGUACUGACUAUAUAUAUGACAAGAUAUUUCCAAAGAGAUAUCAAAGGCUUUUGGCGGGCACUGCAAUAUUGAUUGCAGUGGUGCUUUUGGGAACUUUUGUGCCAUCAGAAACAGAGUUUUCCAAAAGACAAGAUCGUGCAGUCUCAUUCUUUGGAUGUAUUGUUGCUGUGUUUGGGUUGUUUGUUACUUCCAAGAAUCCAAAAAGAAUUCAAUGGAAUACCGUUAUUGGCGGUCUCUUGAUGCAAUUCAUUGUUGCAUUGUUCGUGUUGAGAACCAAAUGUGGUUACGAUGUAUUCAAUUUUAUUUCAACCCUUGCUAGAGAAUUGUUGGGUUUUGCUAAAGAUGGUGUUGCAUUUUUAUUGAAUCUGGAGAUUGCUCACUUGGCUUACUUCUUCUUUACUGUGUUGCCCUCGGUGGCAUUCUUUGUUGCAUUUGUUCACAUUUGGUACUAUUUCGGAGUCAUUCAAUGGGCAAUUAGAAAGUUUGCAUUUUUUUUCUUUUGGUCAUUGCGAGUCUCAGGCGCAGAAGCAAUUACUGCUGCUGCUUCUCCAUUUAUUGGUAUCGGUGAAUCGGCAAUUUUGAUCAAGGACCUUAUGCCAUACUUGACAAAGGCGGAGUUGCAUCAAAUCAUGACCUCGGGUUUUUCUACAAUCUCUGGUGCCGUUUUGGUGGGAUACAUUGGUUUAGGACUCAACCCUCAAGCUUUGGUCAGUUCUUGUGUUAUGUCCAUCCCAGCAUCGCUUGCUGUUUCAAAGUUGAGAUACCCCGAAACAGAUACACCAAUCUCAAGUGGUAAGAUCAUCAUGGUUCAAGAUAAUUCCAAGGGAGGAAAAGGAAACAAAGAGGCAAAGGACCAUGACGAACCUCAAAACGUGCUUCAAGCAUUUUCCAAUGGAGCUACCUUGGGGUUGAGAAUUGCUGGAACAAUGAUGAUUCAAUGUAUGUGUAUCAUUGCACUUGUUGCUCUUUGUAACGGUAUUCUCACGUGGUUCGGUAACUAUUGGAACAUUCAUGAAUUGACACUAGAACUCAUGCUUUCGUAUUUGUUUUAUCCUAUUGGUUUCCUUCUUGGCACACCAAGGGAUGAAAUUCUUCACGUAACAAGGUUGAUCUCCUACAAAUUUAUUCAAAAUGAAUACGUUGCAUACAAUCUUUUGAUGACAGAAGCUCCCUACAAUCAAUUAUCAGCUAGAGGAACUUUGAUUGCUACUUAUGCAUGUUGUGGAUUUGCCAACUUGGGUAGUAUGGGUAUAACUUUGGGUGUGUUGAACACCUUGACAAAUAACUCAAGAGCCAAGGAUAUAUCUGCUAGUAUCAUUUCUGCAUUAUUCUGCGGUGGUAUUGCUACGCUCAUGUCUGCAGCCAUCUCAGGAAUGGUUAUGCACGAUUUGACUAAAUUUUCCAACUAA